AUGUCCGGCACAACCGUGGCUGCAAUGGAUCCUCAGCUCGGUUCCGGCCUAGUUCAAAUACCAUUGGAGGUCCUAAUCCGAAUCACCCACUACAUCUCAACCACCGAUCUUGGGAAUGUGCGAUUGAGCUGCAAGGCCCUGGAACAAGGGCUCUUCAACUUUUUCUCACAUGAGUUCUUCCGCAAGAAACAGUUCAUGGUUCUCACAGAGAGCCUACAGGCGCUGAUCAACAUCUCCAAGCACCCAAAUCUGUCACCUUUCCUCAAGCAUGUCAUCAUCGCUACCGAUCGCCCCGCCCCGCAGUACUAUAAUUCAAGUAGGAACAAUGAAUCGAGGGCCCGCCUCGAAGUUGCCUAUGCAGAUCAGAUGCAGCUGAUGGCCGCCGGGGGGCUCCGAGAUAUGCUCGCCGAGGCGUUCGCUAACCUCCCCAACCUGGAGACAGUCGACAUCCGCGACUUCAAUUCUCCAAGCCGCAGCCGUGAUGGGAGGGGAACUGAAUGGAGGAGUUGGGGCGCCAAUACGUUGGCGGCGUCGACUGGUAACCCCGUUACCACCGGCACCCGGAAUACCCAGGACCCCUACCUUAGCCAGAUUUUCAGCGCUGUUACUGCUGCCCUAGCCGUGGCACAAGCCCGCCCAAACAGCCUGGAGGUUCUCACCAGACCUUCGGCAAGGUCAGGUUUUAUCUCAUUCACACUUCACGACAAUGCCUUUUACAUCCCGCCGCGCAUGGAGGCAGCGAUAUCGCCGGUCCUCGCCAACCUGAAGUCGCUGCACCUCAUUUUGGGCUUGACAAACAACGCAAGGAUGAGGCCCUUCAUGUUCCAAAAGUUCUUGUCACUCACCAUCAACCUGGCCUGGUUGCGUAUGAAUUUUAAGGAUUCGAGCUGGGAUGAUCAGGAGGAAGUCCUCUCUUGGUUGGCCCUCAAAGACGCCCAGAAGCCUAACGCCUCGUUCGACAUGGCCCCCAUCCAGCUUCCCCUUGAGCGUCUCGACCUGGGAGAUAGCGAGCUCAAACCAGAAACAGUACUCAACCUGGUCGUCAAGUUUGCGCCUACCUUAACCUCGCUCUACCUCCGGAGGGUGUGCCUGAUCAACGAAAUCAGCGACCACACGACGACCAAGAUCAACCCCUGGGACCGUUGUCUGACCGUGUUGUCCAAGGUGCGCGGCCUGAACCUGCGGACGCUGGACCUCAGCCAAAUCGCCCAUCGGAACAGCGGGUUCAGAGGUAACGUGCCGUUUAAGCCCACAGGGGACGCGCCGGAAACCCGAGAUUGGACUUGUUCCACCAACCUGGUCACUUUGGACAAGGCUAUCGCGCAGGCGAUUGCAAUUAUGGCCCCCGUAUGGCCACAAGAACCUGACCCGGAUCAAAUGGACGAAGAUGACGAAGAUGAAGGCGAAGACGAAGACGAUGAUGAUAGUGAGGUGUCGAGCGAUGAAGAAGGAGGGGAUGAGGGUGACGGUGACGCAGACAACUAA